AGUAGUAUAGGGCGGGUCUUUCCCCGUUAGUGGUUCCCUGAGUGGAUAACGAUUGGAAGUGACGCACAAGAAUAAGGAAGAAAACUUUGAUCCGUGUGUCAGCAUGGAUGAAAAUAGUGAUCGCACAAACCUUUCCCAGGUCCGACGGGUCAUCCUUGUCCUGUCAGGAAAAGGAGGUGUCGGUAAAAGCACCAUCACCACGGAACUUGCUCUGGCCUUCCGACACGCUGGCAAGAAGGUGGGCAUACUGGAUGUGGAUCUGUGUGGACCAAGUAUUCCGAAAAUGUUGCGUGUGUGUCGGCCGGAGGUGCACCAGUGCGAGACGGGAUGGGUGCCCGUGUAUGCAGACGCGCAGCAGACCCUCGCCCUCAUGUCCAUCGGCUUCCUGCUGGAGCAUCCCGACGAGGCUGUUGUGUGGAGGGGUCCCAAGAAGACAGCUCUCAUAGGUCAGUUUGUGAGCGACGUGGCGUGGGGGGAGCUGGACGUCCUCCUGGUGGACACACCCCCUGGGACGUCAGACGAGCACCUGGCCGUGCUAGAGAACCUCCGCAAACACAGAGUCGAUGGAGCCGUGCUGGUCACCACCCCUCAGGCCGUGUCAACUGGUGAUGUUCGGCGUGAGAUUACCUUUUGCAAGAAGACUGGUAUACGCAUCCUCGGCCUUGUGGAAAACAUGAGCGGCUUUGUCUGUCCACACUGCUCUGAGUGCAGUAAUAUAUUUUCUAAAGGUGGGGGUGAAGAACUGGCAAAAUUGACAGAAUCUGAGUUUUUGGGUGCCGUGCCAUUGGAUCCGUUGCUGACCCGCUCUCUUGAGGAGGGCACAGACUUCCUUGAGGCGUUCCCAGAUAGCGCCACCUUCAGUUCCAUCAAUGCUAUUGCAACCACAUUACUGACAAAGCUACAGGACAACUGAGUUGACUGCUUCAGUUACAUUGUAGUUACAUUGUCUCAUAAUCACUUCUCUGUGCAGGUGUAAUAUAUUUCUGCUUGUAUUUUGGGUUUUUAAAUUAAAGUUUUUUGUAAAUAA